AUGGCGAGUGUCCAAGAAACCGCCUUGGCCCGAUUCUAUGGUCUCCCCAAGGUGCACAAGGAGGGCGUUCCUCUCCGGCCUAUUGUAUCGCUCAAAGGCAUUUCAACGAACGAACUGGCAAAAUGGUUAUUUCAGCGCCUUAAAUGUCUGACAGCUGAUUCGAACACCACCGUCUGUUCGUCAACACAAUUCCUGGAGAAGCUUAAAGGAGUAAGUACCCUGUCAAAUGAGGUCAUGGUAUCUUUUGAUGUCACGUCCCUCUUUACAUCUAUCCCCCAGGAUCUGGCAAUUGAGACCGUCGGGCUACUUCUACGAAGCAAAUACAAUGAAACGAAGAAUCGUCUCGGACAUGCCCAAAUCCUUCAGCUCUUAAAGUUCUGCCUCAGGGUGUACUUUACGUUAGACGGAACAAUCUACGAGCAUAUGAAGGGAACUCCAAUGGGCUCGCCGAUUUCGGGAUUCAUCGCCGAGGCGGUCCUAGAGCGGUUGGAGUCACUGGUCUUCCAAAACCACGGACCGAAAUUCUGGGCUCGGCAUGUGGACGAUAACUUCGUCGUUAUCGAAGGGGAUCAGGUGCUAACGUUAAAAGAACGUCUUAACAGCGUUUUCCCGGACAUACAAUUUAUGAUGGAGGAGGAAGAAAAUAACCAGUUGGCAUUCCUUGAUGUUCUCGUCUGUCGCAAAGAUUGUGGUGGCCUAAAGACCAAAGUGUUCAGAGAAGCAACGAACACGACGCAAAUUCUGAAUUUCAACAGUAACCACCCAAACGCACUUGCGUACGAAUCGCUAUUUCGGCGUGUUUAG